AUGCAGGGACUGGAGUCGCUUCCUGUUUUUAGCCCUUCAUACACUCGUGGAUGGCAUUGACUGGGAUAUUGUGGUAUUGUUUAGGUUACAAUCAUGAGUAUUCUUAAUCGCUUUAAACCACUAGUAUCACCGGUAUGUAAAAGAGUAUUAGUGGAACAAACGGGUGUUUUCAGAAGAGUCUGUUCGGUCCCUAAAGCUGAGUGUCACAGCUUGUGUUUGUCUCGGUAUUAUAGAGCAGAUUUAGCCUCAUGUCAAGUAUCUACUUAUUACCUUGACAGUAAAAGAUGGUAUUCAGAACUGCAUAGUGAAAGUAGCAAUUCAAAGAAGAGAAGUGGCGUCAAUGAAGAGGAAACAACUGAAAAGGAGAGUGACGUCAGUACCCACCUGAACCAAAGAUCCUCUGAGACUUUCACUCUGGAUGUGCUGGUGUCUCUGCUGCAUCAGGAAAAUGCAGUGGACAUCUGUGUGAUUAAAGUACCAGAGCAGAUCAAAUAUACAGAGUACUUUGUUGUUGUCAGCGGUGUAUCGCCAAGACAUCUCCGCGCAAUGGCUCUUUAUGCCAUCAAAGUGUACAAAUUUCUGAAGACGAAUCAUGAUCCACAUGUCAAGAUUGAAGGAAAGGAUGCAGAGGACUGGAUGUGCAUUGACUUUGGGAAUAUGGUGGUUCACUUCAUGCUGCCAGAGACCAGAGAACUGUAUGAACUGGAGAAACUGUGGACUCUCCGCUCCUUUGAUGAACAGCUGAAGAGCAUCCCUGCCGAGAUGCUACCAGAAGACUUCAUAUAUGAUCGUGAAGUCACAAAAGACUAGUCAUCUAAGUAGUACUUCACCACCAGACUUGUAACUAUGGAGGCUUGUCAUUUUUGGAAGCAUCCCUUUUAUGUCCUUGUGCGUAGAACCACAGCCACCUUCAGUUACCUUUGGUAAAACCCAACAACACAUUUUUGUUGGGGAUUGAAUGACUUAAUUGGAUGGGGGAAAUAAAAAAUCCAGAUUUCA